GGGGCCUCGCUCCUUCCAGACGGACUUCACCAACUUUUAGACACUAACUUUCCCCAAGUUGAAAGUUUUAACGCCAGUACGGAGCCCUGACGGUCCGAACGUCGAACCUCUGAGCCGAAGGGAACCGAACCCGGGCCGAUCCGCGGACGGAGCUCGGCGGCAUGUCGGGAAGAGCCGAGGCCGCCUGGACGUGAGCGCAAGGCGGCCAGAAGCUGCGACAACUCCCCGCUGCUGAGAGGAGGAUGGACAGAGAGAAAGAAACAGCAGAGGAGAAUGAUGACAAGGAGGUGGAGCUUCACCAUCACUUUGCUGCAGCAGCGCCACCUGUGGACUAUCAGGAACUUCCCAUCAUGCACUGGGAGGACCUCAGCCUGCGGAUAGCCGAGUUAGAGAAACAGGAGCAAGAGAGGAGGGAAAAGGCAAAGAGGGCAGCAGGGGCGAGGCUGGAGGAAAGUCGGAGCGACUGCUGGGAAGAAGACGAAGACUUCAGUAGGUGUCACGUCGCCAUCGUCACGUCUCGGUUUCACAUGAACAGAAAUCUGCAGCUGUGCUUCAUCAACGACAGCGAGAGCGAGGAAGAGGCAGAGCCAUCUGAGAAAAAGUUAGACGUCAGGCGCCGUACCGCCGGACUAAAAGAAGAAGUGGUGACGGCACUCAGGCUGCUGCGUGACAAAGUGUUGGAGGAACAGAAGGAAAAGGAGCAUGUAUCUGGCAGCAGCUGCGUAUCCAAACGGAAACAUCUGGAACGUUGGGAUUUGCAGGAAUGUUCAGUCCAGCAGCUGAGCAGCCUGAAAGCAUCGCUGCAGCAGGACGUGUACGCUCUGAGCUCUGAGCUCGUGACCCACCUGGUGGUACGAGACCAGCUGAGGACCAAACAGGACGCCAUGCUUCUGGACGUCCAGGACCUGACCUAACGCCAAGAACGGGGAUAACCUCAGGCGAGUUGGAACUGUGGUGCCACUGGACGGGCCGGUCCACGCCAGGAGAUGUUUACUUAAUCAGAUAAUUAGCCAACCUGCUAAUUUGUUGAAACAGACACCAGAAUCCAACCGCGAUGGAAUUAGUUGUACUGUAAAAUACAAAUACAAAUGGCAGAAAUGAUGGUAAUGUACGAUUUUUUCCGUCCUGGUCAGAAGAUGACUGCGAUGUCCCACAGCACAAAUAUAAGCUUAAUAAUAAUAAUAAUUAUUAUUAUUGUUAUUAAUUACAGCAUGUUUUUUGCAUGAAAACUCAAUAUUUCUUCAGAAACACUUUACUUUCACCGUACGCCGCCAACAUGUGACAGGAACGCCGGAUAUGAGUGGCUACGGUUUGGUCGUUUGUCACCAUAGACCAUUAACAUGACGCCGCUUCAGUCACUCAAAAUCAAGAAUAAGAUUUUAAUUAUUUAGUGAAAUCACUGACUAAUUUUACCCAGUGACAUCAGCAGAAUGCAUUAGUCCCUCACAAACUAGCUACAUGCUAACUGGUCAAGCUAGUUGGAGGCUAGUGCGGUCGCUCUACAGAAAAAAAAAACCUGUUUAUGAGUUUGUUUGAGCUGAACAAGAUUUUUAUAAAACUGGAUCAUGUGACGGUUUCAGUUAAGUCUUUUUUACUUUGGCAGCAUCCUGUUUUGCUGAUGCUAACGCUUCAGGUACAGAAUCAUGUUUAUUCAUUGUAAAUAUAAAGAUGUUUUGUAUUUGUACAGAAUGUGCGAUGAAAUAUUUCAGUGUGUUGCUUCUGAGUGUUUUUUAAACUCAGUGUUGACGUCACUGCUAAAGGCGUCAUCGAACGCAACUUGUUUUCGUAAAAUAAGAUAUUUAUGUUUUUUUACAUCAGCGAUGAACUAACUGUUUACGUGUCUUUUGUGGAUUUUAAUAAUUGAAAAUGUGACUUUUUUGACCACGCCCAGCUUCAGUGGCAUCAUUAGUAAACACAUCAAUCACCAACACAAUCUUUUUAUUGAUCUGUGAUCACAACAGUGUUCUUGUUCUUUGCACAGUUUUUAUUUUAGAGUUUGUACAAAACAGAUAUAUGAAAAAAUUAUCUUCCUGUAAAUGAGAUUAUUUCUGAUGAUCCUCCUGAACUCAGGGGCAUGUAAAUAAAUGUCAUCCAAUUACAUUGGACUUGGUGUGAACAAUUAA